GCCCCUUUGAUAGUAUGUUCGGACCUAGCAUGUUUAGUUCAGGCAGUCCUUUCAGAGAUUCACCACAGGUUGGUGGAUCAAAGGGACCAGUUAUUGAGGAACUAAAUACUGAUGAUGAGGAAGAACAAGUUGAUAAUAUGGGUGCCCAAGAGGAUAAAGAAAAAGUUAAAAAGAAUAAUGGGUCAAACAAAGCUCCAAAUGUUGAGCACCCCGAUGAUGAAGCUGAUGAGAGGAAGAGCAAGGAUGUGACUUAUAGGACUGACUACAAUAAGGUUGCAGUGACAAAGCCCCAGGCUCAGAGUGUCAGCUUCCAGAAAGUCACAUAUGGUGGUAUAAAUGGGGCUUAUUACACUGCCACCACAACUCGAAAGACUGGCGGCGAUGCUGUGGUGCUGGAAGAGUGCAAACAGGCAGAUAAAACAACGGGACAAGCAACACAUAGAAUCUCUCGAGGAAUACAUGACAAGGGCCAUUCAGUUACAAGGAAGCUUAAUUCUGAUGGUAAGGUGGAUACAAUGCAGGCCUUGCAUAAUUUGAAUGAAGACGAGCUUGCUGGUUUUGAACAAUCUUGGAAAGGUAAUGCAGAAAGGCAUUUGCCUGGUUGGGGUGAUAGGUUCAACUUCAAUGGUACUGCAGGUACUAGCAGCAGUGGACAGAGGGGACGUGCGAGUGGGAGUAGUUGGCCCCUUCCAAUCGAAGGGUUUCCUGCAAGGACUCGAACAAUGGGAGCUUAUAGUGAUGCCAGGACGUCAUCUUCUGGCGGAAGACCUAAAAAAGUCGUCACAAUUAAUAUAGAAUAAGUCAGAAAUGCAUAGCAAUGCGGCAAAUUGCCUCUAGUAGUAGCAGUAGUGAUAGGUAAUGUUAGCAAGGAUUGGUUCUAUAUGCUGUCUUGUCUGGAGAAUAGAUUUCAUUUGAUUCUGAAUUUCAUUUUUAUGGUUUGGGUUUUUCUUUGUCAUCUCUGUAUUGAAAACAUAAUAUGUUGGUUGCAUUUUGAACCCACUUGAAAUGAAAUUUUUUGGUUGUGGUUUGGUUGGCUGA